AUGCAACAAAAUAUAAAGAUUAACGUCAAUAAUAUCGUCAAACAAAAUCAAACAGCCUCAGCUAUAGCAAUUAAACAACUUCGCGCUGAAUCAGAAAAGCAAUUACAAUCGGAACAGCAAUUUUUAGAUAAUAGUAUCGAAGACAGCAUAAGGAAAAUUGAUGAAGCUAUCAAAGAACAAUUAAAACUUCACGAACAAAAAGAAAAGGAAAUCACAAAUGCUUUACAACAAAUUAAAUCAAAUCAAACCGAAUGCGAGAAACUCUUACCAAAGACAACAAAGCCAGAGAACCCACUUGUUGAAGUAUUGGAAAUGAGAUCAUUAGAAAAGCUCAAUGAAUUUAUAAAUCAAAAUGAUCCAAAUGACUUUUUCCCUCCAGUUCCAACACAAAGAGCAGCCACAUUUUUAUCAUUCUUACAGCAGACAACAUAUCUCAUUCCAACAAAUACAAAAAUGGCUUUAGACUGGAUUAGUUCUUGUCUUUUAGAUUUAGAUACUAAUGAUGCAAUGAUAAAGCGUUUUUCACAAGUGAUAUUCAAAGGUAUACUCGAUGGCUUAAAUGGAAUCACAGAUCCUCAAGCAAGAGCUAUUAAACAUAUAAUUAGGUCAUUAUCACUAGAUACUCCUCAGUAA